UAGCAUUCCAUCUUGACUCCGAAAAAUACGACAUUGGCUAAUGUGGUCACUCUUAAAACAUAAAACAGUGUAAUGUUAAAAUACGUUUGUGAUAACAGGCUGGCUAAAUGUGGGCAACAUUAUCAUGAUACGAAAUGUUGUGGUGGGCAUGUCCGGAGGCGUGGAUAGCGCUGUCAGCGCCCAUCUGCUCAAGGAGCGAGGCUACAAUGUGCUCGGCGUGUUUAUGCGCAACUGGGACGAGCACGACGAAUCCGGCCGCUGCAGCGGAGAGCAGGAUUUAAAGGAUGCGGAAUUGGCUUGCCGGCACCUGCAAAUCGAGCUACGCCAAGUGAACUAUGUGAAGCAAUACUGGACAGCGGUGUUUAGUCAGUUUCUAGAUGACUACCAGCAGGGCCUGACGCCCAAUCCGGACAUAUUGUGUAACAAGCAUAUAAAGUUCGAUCUGUUCCAUCGGCACGCCCUGCAUACGCUGCAAUAUGAUGCCGUCGCCACUGGCCAUUAUGCCCGCAACAGUCUGGGAGACUUUUUGGAGAAUGGCUCCAGCCAGACACCAGAAGAUGUACGCCUGCUCAUACCUGCCGACACAUUUAAGGAUCAGACCUUCUUUCUAGCUGGCAUACCACAUGCAGCACUGCAGCGCACAAUGUUCCCGCUGGGUGGACUGAGGAAGACAGAGGUUAAGCAGUUAGCGCGCCGUAUCGGGCUGCAUCGGUUGGCCGAAAAGCGGGAAAGCACCGGCAUCUGCUUUGUGGGCAAGCGCGACUUCAAGGCCUUUAUACAGGAGUACAUUAGCUCCAAACCGGGUCACUUUGUGGAUGUCGAUAGCGGAGCCGUAGUGGGCACACACGAGGGCAUUCACCAGUGGACCGUGGGACAGCGCUGCCGGCUAAGCUCUCAUUUGCAGCCGUAUUUUGUGGCACGAAAAGAUGCAGCCAGCAAUAUCAUUUACGUGGCCGCUGGCCACGAACAUCCCGCGCUGCACAGCACCCGCAUUCACAUCGGCGAACUCAACUGGCUGUGCAACCGGGCACGUCAGCAAUUGGACUCAAAAGGCAGCCUGCGCUGCCGUUUUCGCUUUCAGCACACAAAGCCCCUGGUCGAUUGCCAGCUGCGUCCCUUCGAAGUGCAGCUGGAUGCACCACUUCGCGCCAUCACACCAGGGCAGUAUGCUGUCUUCUAUGACGAUACGGCUUGCUUGGGUGCUGCGCGCAUUUUGCAUGGAGAACCAUUGCAAUGCCUGGAGCAACAAAUGGCCGUGGAGCGCUAGCAGUCAGUUAUUUUGUUUUAUAGUCUGAUUUUAAAUACGUCCUGUUCGUAAUAUAUAAAUCUACAUGUCUACAAGAACUGAGAUGCAUAUGGAGCAACAGUGUUCAUUUGUUUAACGCAUCUUCAACACUAUAGGGAACUAUAUAUUAUAGUUCAAUUUGUAUAAAAGGCAGGAUUAAUUUAAAUCUGAAAUCAUAUAUACUUUUGAUCAGAACGACGAGCAGAGUUGAUCUGGCCAUAUCCGUUUAUAUGAACCCGUCCAACUCAGAGAAUUGAGGUAGAGGUUCCAACUAAUCAUUGUCUCCCAGCCAACUUGCAGCACGUCAUAUGCAUCCAAUAUAUUUUGGCGCUGACGACACUGUAUCUUGAGUCGGGCAGUCUCGACUGGAGUAUGUUUGCUUGGCUUAAAGAAUCUUAUUUGUUUGAGAUAUCGUUCUAAAAGGCAAAAUAGUUUUAUACCCCGUUUUUUUCACCAAUUUUACGCACUUGCGCUUGGAAAUUUAUCAAAAGACCAAAAAUAUGGUUCUAAGGUAAACACAUGUAUUGUAUAUUUAAAGUCUGCUUUACACAAUUUCAAAUCGAAUGCAACAAACGCAUGACUUAAUAUAUUUCUAAAUAUUCAAUUCUAAGGUCCGUUUUACAUAGUUUGAAGUCUUAUGCUAUAUAUAUAUAUAUUAUUUUCUAUUGGGAGUCCUAAGCGCGCUGGCAAAAAAAAAAGGCUAUCUUACUAAAAACAAUUGUGGUUUAUAAAUUAGAUUAUGUCAAAUAAAAUUGGCUGGAUUAGCAAAGGUCGUUGCAUGAAUAAAUUGUCUUAAAGGCUAAACUAGAGACUACAUCUAAAAAA